CAACAGCCAAAGACGACCGACUGUUGUGUUCAUAUACCAAAAUUUAAAAUCGCACAGAGUAAAUUCAAGAACGCGUCCUGUGUUUGUGUUCAUUUGCAAACGGUUAAAUUAUGAGACGGGAGUCAUUUGAGUAUAAACACGGAAAGCACUAAACAAAAGACUGGAGUGGGUUCAGUCUGGCACACUGAACACAAAGACAGUGUCCUCCUACUAGAAGACUGAGAGGGCGGAACUUUUUCAAAGUUUUACUGAAACACAGUUCGCUGCUCUUCUGUGAGCUGCUUCAGUAACUGCAGUCGUCCCAGUUGAAUUAACGGAGCCCAAAAUCGCCCAUGCACCGGAUUCACAGACUUUAUCAUGCUACAUCAUUUAUCUCGGAUUGAUGACCAUUGCAGAUCUCUGGCUUAAUAAAUGCAGAAGCGUUCUUUUGUGUGAUGGGUCCAAACUACCGAUGCAUAAGGCUGAGGCAGAAGUUACUAUUCAAACUAUCACAAUUUAAAUGGACUGUGGAUGUACCAGGAGUGAUCUGUCUUCUCCUCUGUGCAGUUUGACAUGAUGGUACAGCUGGACUGCGGCAUUAAAGUUUUGGGACCAGCAAGUUUCUCUCUCUGCUUUGUGAUAACAGCUGGGCUUCUGUCCAUGUUCGAGAGCAUAACAGCUAGCGGAUAUAAUAAAGACACAGAUAGUUCUCCUAAUGGAUUUCCUAACUACGAAGUUGUUCAUCCUAUCAAAGUAGAUUCAUCGGGACAUUUUUUGUCCAAUCAUGUGUCCCACCGUGUGAGUCGAAUUCAAAGGAGAGAAACAUCAAAAAACAAAGAGAGCCUGGCCAAGGUUUUUUACCAUCUGCAGUAUGGUGGUCAAGACCUGCACUUUAACCUCACCCUAAACCCUCAUCUACUAGCAUCUGGAUUCCUCACAGAGAGGAGAUACGGUGGUCUGCAAGGGUCUACAUUAAAUAGCCAUGGCCACUCUCUCUGCUACUUCCUGGGAGAUGUCUGGAGCAGUACAUUGAAGUGGGGUCAAGCAGCUCUGAGCACUUGCAAUGGCCUGACAGGGCUGUUCAAGCUCUCAGAAGAGGAAUUCUUCAUUAGUCCACUGGAGUCAGCACAAGAAAAGUCAGCCCCACAGGCUCAUGCAGUCUAUAAGCGACAUGCUGUCCAAUCAGAACACCAGCUGCUGCAGCCACUGUUUGGGGAGCACACAGCUAACACGACUUGUGGAGUCAGAGAUCUUUUAGGAGGGGCAAAGCAGGUGGAAAGGCAAAGAGAGCGCUGGGAGAGACGGCAACAUCGCAGACGGAUUAGACAGCGCUCCAUAAGCACUGAGAAGUGGGUAGAGACUCUGGUAGUGGCUGACCCUAAAAUGGUGGAAUACCAUGGGAGCAAAGGAGUUGUGAGCUAUGUGCUCUCUGUCAUGAAUAUUGUGAGUAACAGUCCUAUCUAUAAAUAAUUCAUGCAUGGUGUUUUCCAAGGCAAGCACCACUAUUACUGUUGCUCAUACUUAUUCUAAACCCUUAAAGAGAUCACUGUCCUGUCAUCAUUUACUAACCCUCAUGUCAUUCCAAACCUGUACAGUAUGUGUAUUAAUGUCUGUGUAUUUUUUUUUUUUUAUUCACUGAAAGUCAGUGGGGUUCAGUGCUGUUUUGAACUUCACUGACUUUCAGUUCAUAAACAAAAACAGUAAAACAAAAGCAAAUUUUUUUUUAUCUUCCACAGAAGUCAUUCAGGUUUUGAAUGGCAUUAGGGUGAUUCAGUUUUAAUUACAAUUUUUGGGAGAACUGUCCCCUAAGCUAUCCCCUAAGGGAUAGUUCACCCCAAAAUGAAAAAUCUGUCAUUAAUUACUCACCCUCAUGUUGUUCCAAACCUGUAAGAUGUUCAUCUUUGAAACACAAUUUAAGAUAUUUUUGAUGCAUUCUCAGAGCUGUAGACAGUAAUGUAAUUAACACGAUCAACUUCCAGAAACAUAGCAAGGAGAUCGGUAAAAUAAUCCAUGUGACAUCAGGGGUUCAACCGUAAUUGUACAAAGCAACGAGAAUACUUUUUGUAUGCCAAAAAAAAA